AUGGUACCUUCAGUGACUGUCACUGAAAGCGUUUGUGUAAAAAAACCUCUGAAGCGUAAAUCUACAUUAUCUAAACAUUCGUCACGGGUCCGUGAAGCAAAAAAAGAAGUGGUUAAUAAGAUUAACACCGACAUUUUAAAAGAUGUGCAAGGAGAAAUGAAGGAAUAUUCGUCGAUGGAUACAAUUAUGGAUAUGGAACUAAGUAUUUCAUAUCCUGUCGAGUUUUCAAAUUCCCUUGAACUGUCAGAUGUACCGCCACAUAAACUUCAAUUCAGCAUAAAUGUACCAGUAAUACUGAUGCGCAAUCUAGAUGCUCCUCGGCUAUGUAAUGGAACAAGGCUUCGUAUAACAAAUUUGGAGCAGAAUAUACUUGGUGCUACUAUUUUAACAGGUGUCGGCAAGGGAGAAAGUGUUAUCAUACCUCGAAUUCCAAUUAUUCCUACUGACCUUCCUUCAAUUUAA